AUGGCGUUCUUAGCCUUUGCUCCAGCAAUAAUGAAUACUGUUGGGGGACUUCUUGGUGGUUUAGUUGGACAACCUCCUCCAACUCCACCUCCACUUCCAGCUCCUCCACCACCUGCUCCGCCUCAAAUUGUUUACGUGACAAAUCCUGCAAAAGAGGUCGUUGAAAAAGUUUUCAUAACUCAAGCUCCGUAUCCACCGGCAACCAGAGCCCCGGAGACAUUGACUACUUAUGGAAUCAUUGGUAUCAUAUUCAUUUUGGUUGUAUGUAUGAUUUCGAUGGCUGGUGGAAUUGGUUUCUAUAUGUGGCAGAGCAGUAAGAUGGAGGCGGAGAAGAGAGCAAACGAGUCGAGAGACAGAGACAGAGAUUUCUACGAGAUGGAAGCGGCAAGAGGACGUGGAGGAAGACGUGGAGGAAGACGUAGUAGAUCAACUAUGUCAACUGGAGGAACUUCUGGAACAAAAACUAGAAAACAUCGUAGAUGA